UCGGCGGCGCCGCGGCGGCCGCCGGCGCUAGGUGGUGGUGCGGGAUCGGCCGUGGCCGCGGCUCCCCGGCGCACGGUCCCCAGGUCGGGUCAGGCCAGGCCGCUGCGGCGGCACUCGGUUCCACAGAAAUUCCGGAAAAAACAACCUCGGGGUGGCGUAAGACCCGUGUCAGGGCUGCCGCGAUGGACUGUGCGAACCACCCUGCUGGAUGGAGGGUGGAGCCGGGCUCAGCUCCGUGGUGCCAAACGCUGAGACAAGAGGCAGCGGGCAGAAACUGAUGCGCAGGAAGUUCCACCUGAACGUGAGGAAGAACUUCUUUACUGUGCAGUGACUACACAAUGGAACUGAUUGUCCUGAGAGUUCGUGGAGUGUCCCUCACUGGAGAGAUUCGGGAACCGUCCGGAUGCAAUCCUGUACCUCUGGGCUGACCUGAGCAGGGAGGUUGGACCAGUGACUAUAUAAUGGCUACGAGACCCACAGAGGUCACACAAUCGCCAGAAACUGGAGACACAGUCGAAGAGUGCACAGGAAAGAAAAAAUCCAAAUUUCAGACUUUCAAGAACUUCUUUGCCAAGAAGAAAAGGAAAGAACCUCCACCUCCCAGGGGAGAGAGUAAUUUAAAACCUUGCCAGUCCAGCAGCGAUGUCAGCAUCGCUGUGCUCAACACUACUGCACUUCAUUCACCGAGGGAGGCUGGGCCCAAGGGUAGCAUGGGAAACAAAGCCUUGUCCCACGACAGUGUCUUUAUUUUUGAGUCUGCACCAGGAAAUGUGACAGGUGACGUCUUGUCUCAGGAAAACAUACCUGGAAGAGUGAAAACUUUGCAGCUUCAGCUGCAGCAGAAUGUCAAACUUGGAUCACCUCCUCUUGUUAUAACUGGGAAAAAAAUGGAAGAUGCAGGUGCUGUUUCUGAAGAUGAUGGCUUACCUAGAAGCCCUCCUGAAAUUUCAACCCUUCAUGAAGUUCUGACAGAUUCGGCAAACAAGUCCUCCAACCCUGUUCAGCGUCAUAGCUCUUUGAGUUUAGGAGGGACAGACAGUGAAGAUGAACAGAUACCUUCUGGAGCUUCCUCCAGACCCAUCAGUCCUUUAUCCUCUGCCCCUCAGGGGACCCCCAUCUCACGAGGCAGCAGCUUCCUUCCUGUUGAUUUUACCAUCCCUGCCAGCCCCCUUGGCUGCCUGGACACCUCAGCAGCCAGGCACAGGAUUGCCAUCAACCCUCGGAAACAGAAAGGCUUUACCAACAAGCAUCAGCUGCCCCUCCAGGUGGAGCAGCUGGAAAAUGAAACAUGUCUUCCUGCAACUCCAGAAAGGAAGGGAAAUUCAACAGAAUUACUUGAGAGUGACAAACAAAAAAGUGAUUGGGAAGGAUUAUCAGCCCAUGUGGGACACUCUGCAAAGGGAGGUGGUUUUAAGGAGACACUAGGUGUAAAAACUCCCACUGAUGCUGCCCCUGACUCUUGUGAUUCCACGCUUGUGGUAGAAGAGCCCUGUGCUUUGCUGCAAGAGGAUGGGUGCCUUCCUGGUGGGGGCCAUCACUAUAAAGGAGCCACACUUCUCCUGAGGCCUGAGCCUUCUCCAGUGAACCUGCAAGAACAGCACAGUGCAAGAGUGUUGUACUCUGCAGAUGGGUCUGCUAAAGAAUCAAAAGUACAUCCUCAAAGUACCAGUGCUGAAGUACCUGAACUUGCAGAAUUGCAGCAACUUGAAGGAGAAGCUGUUGUGUCUCCAGACAUACCAGCAGCUGACUUGUUUAGCAGUGCUGUGGAAACAGUGGGCAUGGAUGUAUUGGCAGAUGUUGCACAAAGUUCCUCAGUAAAUUCUGUGGAUCCAAGAAUUAAAGCCCAGGAAAAGAGGGAUCCACUGUUUAGUGGCAAAGAAGAGCUCUGCUUUGGUACCACUGGGAAUCAUUCCAACCUUGCUGUCUCAGAUACUGCACUGAGUACUCCACAAGCUGCAGUGGCUGACUCAGAGUCUUGUACUGACUUCAAGACAGUGGCUGAUUUGAGGUCUGAAAAGAGUUCAGUAGCAAAAAAUAACAAAGAAACUUGUGAAGUUAUGGAAUUUCAGUUAUCCAAGGACAGUGUAGGAAAAAAAAUAGACUCUGCUGCAUCUGUGUCAGAAGCAGUUAGUGUGGUACCUUGCAGUAAAUUGGAAGUAUGUUUUAAAGCAGAAAUUGCUCCUGUUUCAAAGGGUAACCAAGGCAGUCAACAGGCCAACACAUCAUGCAUUUCUGAAAAACUUUCCAUUGGGUGUCUUGCCUCUUCAAGUUUGGCUGGCUUGAAGAGUAAUAUAUCUUCUGAUGCUGACAGUAAGGAGUAUCAGGUAAGCACUACAGCUUCUCACAGAAAAACAGCAGAAGGCAGUCAAUCAUCAGAUGAAAAUGUAAAAAGUCCACUGAAGACUGCUUCUGCUAAACCAGUCAGAUUUACCAUUGCACCAGCAUGGCAAAGGUCUCUCUCAGGGGGUUCAAAUUCAAAGGAAGAUUCCUAUUCCAGAAGUUCUCCAACAUCCCCUAUAAGACCGGAGUUCUUUGAAGGAAUGACAAAAGAACACACGCGUUUUGAUGCAGUUAUGCAGGAAUCAGCAAAAGCCAACUCAGAUAGAUUGGAUCGAGAUUGUAAGGACAGAGAUCUGCAUUUGAAUUCUUUUAUGGAGUGGGCUGACCAUGAAACACAAAACUUUGAGAGCCCAUUUGGGGUCAGACUAAGAAGAACAUCAUCUUUACUAAAAUACCAGAACGAAAGCCGUGUAGAGCCUCCAAAGCUGAUCCCCUCAGCUGCUCCAGUUGCUUCUUCUGCUUCAGUCAAGGAGGAUCAGAAAUUGAUGGGCACUGGGAAGUCACCUCUAAGCCUUCCUGUCAACACAAAAUCAGUUGUUAAAAAACCAGAUCACCUAGAAGACAAAAAUCCUGCCAAGGCAAGAUCAGAAGAAGUGGCAAAGAAACAAAAUGGUUAUAAACCUUCAGAAAAAGUCUCUCCAUAUUUGGAAACUGCUUCCUCUGAACCAGCUUGGGUCUCCAUGGCAAAGCUGAAACAAAAGGGGUUCCAGGACCAUCCUCUUGCCAAAGAACAUAAAGAUGAAGACAAAGCUUUGACCAAAGUGGAUCAAGGGGAGCCAGAGGUGUGUGCUAGUGAGGACCCUCUGAAGAAGAACAUGCCUUCCAGCUCUCAGGACAAGAAAACACAAACCAAGGCCGGUGUGUCUGCAGCAGCAGGUAAAGUUGGACCAAUUUCUCAGGAAGCAUCUGUGGUUCCUGCUGUUGAAAAGGAAGCAAGGCACUCCUCUAACCUGCCAAUGACACCCUGCAGUCCUGCUGAACCGCCCUGGCUGUCCCUGGCCAAGAAGAAAGCCAAAGCAUGGAGUGAAAUGCCCCAGAUCGUACAAUAGCAAAUGACAUGACCAUCCUUCUUUGCAUUGCCAAUAGCUGUGUUAACUCCAUUUAAUCCCUUCUUUACUGUGACCAUUUUUUUUCUUUUGAGAAAUAAGAGCCUUAAAACUUUUGAUCAGACUGUUGUACAUAAAGACAUAAUGAAGAAAUGUCUUUGUGGGUUUAAUCUGAUGUAUUAGGAAGCUGAGCAUUUCCUACUACCAAACACUAGGAAAAUUUGAUUCAUUUUUAUAUGCUUACACAUCUGAUGGUGAUGUUCUAAAAAGACAUGCUUCAGGCUAUUGAAACAUUUCUCUAGCAAAAUAUGUCUUUGAAGUUUCUUUUAAAGAAACUUGUUCUUUUAAAAAGACUGUACAGCAUUUUGUACGGUUUGGCUUUGAGCUAAGAAAUGAACGUAUGCUUUAAAAUAUUCACAAUGCUGGGCACUGACACACUGUGAGUCGUGGACAUUGAUGUAAUUACACUUCUUUCUCUAGAGCUCUACCAUGGGCAGCCUGACUCUGCUUCAGAUUGUUCAUGAUCUGUUUUGUGAUAGCUGUAAGAUCUAAGCACGUUGUGAGUUGGAGUGGUUCUGGCUUUUGUGGGAAGUCUCAGUGCUGUUGUUCUUGUGCUUUGCUCACAGAUACCCACUGGAAUGCUCAGAGCUGCACACCUGUUCUCUCCCAUGCACUGGAAAACCACCACACUGUAGCACAUGUCUGCUUUUAGUUGUACCUUUAGAAAUCUGGGUAAAUUAAACAUUCUACUAAAAAAAUCCUUCUUUCUUUAAUUAUGGCAAAUAGUGAUUUUUUUUUUUCGUGAGAUUCCUCAGCCAAUUGUCUCUCUUAAAGAGUGUGUUGGGGUGAGAACUUGCUCCUUAGAAAAUGGCAUCUUCUUUUCAAGAAAUGCCACUCUCCAUGUUCAUAAGGUUGUAUAUUUAGUCAAUGGCAUGUAAUGUUAGUCAUAAAAGGGGCAUCUGCUUUCCUUCUGGUCUCAUCAGUCUUUAACCAUUAACUCAACAUCAGUCUGAGGAUGUGCAGCUGGAGCAGGAUUAUUCUCUCAGGGCCUGGCCUUGCAUUCACUCAAACUCACAAAAGUUUUCCUAUUGACUUUGAAGGAUGCAGACAUUUGAAAAAUAAGCUUUGUGAAAUUCUGUUGGUGGCUUAAGAGAGAGUGGCACUUACUGGUCCUUCCAGUUCUUGCAGAAUUGCACGUUUAUGUAGUUUUUGUUUACAGUCAGUGCAAAAUCUGAAGGCUGAUAGACUGUUUUUAGCUGGAAAGUUGGUUGGAAUUUUUAAAGGAAAAUAUUAUCUAUUGAUAGGAUUAACUGCAAACCAAAGAAAAUUGGUUUCAGAUCAGCUCAAGCAAGACUUUAAUCUUCCAGUUUUGGCCUGAAUUUAAUAUGUAGUUUUUGCAAUUUGAAAACAGUAUUAUAACUAGGAGCUAGACUGUGAUUUUUUUUUAUAAAGGUGAAAACUUAUUUGCCCAGAAAGGCUCAGAAUCUAUAGAUACUAUUUAUUCUGGAUUAACACCAGAAAGAGUAGGAGUUUCACUUGAUAAGGAAACAAGGAGUGGCUUGGUAAUCGAUGCCUAUGUUGUAACUUCUUUUUCUCUGCUUUAGCAAGCAUAUAUUUCCUUACAAAGAACAGAAAUGUUUGUAUUUCUCUGAAACUUUUGAGUGUAAUGUAAAAGAAUUUACUCAGCUUUGAUUCCUGGAGUUUUGUACAGUUGUCAUCUCACCACAAGCUUACCAACCCUGUGUAAAAUACAGGCCUUUCUGUAUUUAGCAAACUCUCUUCUCAUUCUGUUAAUGUGGAUUGUGGUUCUUCACCCAAAGUACUGCAAUGGAUACUAUAAUCUCUCUUUCCCUGUGUUUCCUUUUGAUCUUAAUAUUGUUCCUGUCUUUUAUGUUUGGUAUGUAUAUAUGUUUUUGUAAUCUUUGUCUUGAAGGAACCCCUUUUGUAUUCCACUCCCCUAUUUGGUUUACUAUUAAAUGCUGUUGCCAGCGAUGAUGAUACCAUUUCUGGGAAGAGGGAUGGAUAGCCCUCAUUCAUUCAGGAAGAAAUAAAAACAGGUCUUUGGUCA